AUGAACGAGAGGCCGGAUUUGAAAUCCGAUGGAUUUACUUACGUUGCCGGAAGGCAUGUUCCAGGAAUCGAGAGAUUGGUAGAAUUGUCUGAAGAACACCAACUGGCCUUGGAAGUAGAUUCCGUAAAACUUGUAAAACAGUUGACGGGAGUCACGUCGGCAUUCGUCUACGGAGCUACUUUUAGAGAUCACAGUCAGACCUCAUGGGCAUCGAGAGGACCAGUUGCAGUAAUUCACUCUGACAUGUCACCGGCCGGGGCUACAUACAUGAAAAAUUCGGCACAGAAUCUAUUCUUGAAGUCAACGGAUCCAAGCGAGGUUGGAUUUGGAAAGUACUUGGAGACAGGUCAAGAUGUUAUUAUGCUGAAUGUCUGGAGGCCAAUCCAUGCAGUUGAAGACAAUCAUCUAGGUAUUUGCAAAUGGGGUUCACUUUUGGAAGAAGAUGCUUUGAAAUCAAACAUCAUACCAACACAUGUUGGAAAUACACUACAGCCAUGGAAGUACAGAGAGGGACAAGAAUGGUAUUACUUGAAAAAUCAGCAACCUCAUGAAGUCUAUGUCUUCUUGCAACAUGACGACCGCGCAAAAGAAGAUGGACACGGAAUCAAUGUUCCCCAUGCUUCCUUCAAGCUUCAAGGUCACGACAAGCCAUCUACAAGAGUGAGUUUUGAGGCUAAGAUCAUCGCCCUUAUUGAUCCAUCACCGCCUGAAGGAAGAAUUUCAAGGUUAAGCAAUCACAUGACAGCAUUUGCAAACCGGUUCAGCUGGGAUGAGCUAGAAUUACUAGAAUUACACGGGCGGCCGGGCAGCCCGUAA